AUGGUGUCGACCUGGUGUGGACCUGGUGAUGAGGAUGGGGGGACACCAGAAUAUCAGCAAAAAAAUCCCCAAUCCUGGUCCACCCCAGGACCCCAGACCGAUAUGGGCACAAGGAUCGCAGAUGCUGAUCCCACACACCGAGGGUCUGCAUGCAUCAGCAACGACGUACUAGCUGCGGGCUCCGUGGGCCUUCCUGCUCCCCAAUCCCGGUCUGCCUUUUACACAGCUAUGUGCAGUCUUCGAUCGAAGCCUAUCAUGCAGGUCCCCCGGGUGACGAUGGACCGCGAGGAACUGCCUCUCCACUGGGUCAACCGGCCCUCGUCAAUGGCAGCAACCAGGGCUGUGAAAUGA